UUACCAGUCCGGUGUUCAGUUGAAUUACGCCCGGUAACCGCGAAAGAUGUUUCUCUUAACGUUUGCAUUAAUAUCAGUACUAGUCUAUUUAGGCCUCCGUUAUGUCUAUUCGUACUGGGAACGAAACGGAGUACCGAAUCUGAAACCCAACAUUCCUUUCGGUAAUCUCAUCACCGUAGCCAAAAAGACCGAAUCAUUUGGAAUCGCUAUCAACAGUUUGUAUUCGAAGAGUGAAGAACGGCUAGUUGGAAUUUAUCUGUUCUUCACACCUGCUAUUCUGAUUCGUGAUCCUUACCUCGCUCAUCAGAUCAUGACCGAGGAUUUCAAUCAUUUCCACGACCGAGGAGUGUACUGCAAUGAAAAGGGGGAUCCGUUUUCAGCGCAUCUGUUUGCCCUUCCAGGCAAGCGAUGGAGGAAUUUGCGCAACAAAUUCACGCCGACCUUCACCUCCGGGCAGUUGCGAACCAUGUUGCCUACAAUUGUGAGUAUUGGUGAUAAACUGAGAAAACACUUGGAACCGUUUGCCGACCAAGGGGAGGUUGUGAAUGUUCGAACCGUAGUAUCUCUUUUUAUGCAAGAGAUUGUGGCUACUGUUUUCUUCGGAUAUGAGGCAAACUGUUUGAAUGAUCCUGAAGAUUUGUUCGGAACCACUUUGGGACACAUUCUUCGUGACACUUUCUCUGUAAACUUCCGAACCGCAGCGACAUUCAUCUGUCCGGCUUUACUGAAAUUCACAGGAGUUGGCUCAUUACCUCCAGAGCUGUCUAAAUUCGUUAUGAAAGUAAUAAAGGAGCAGAUUGAACAUAGAGAGAAAAAUGAUGUCACCAGAAAAGAUUUCGUCCAGUUGUUAAUUAAUCUUCGACAGAAUGAUACUAAAAAUAAGGAGAUUCAAAUGAGCUUAGGAGAAUGUGCUGCAAACAUUUUCCUGUUUUAUAUAGCUGGAUCCGAAACCUCAUCCGGAGUUAUUUCAUUCACUUUACACGAACUGAGUCACAAUCCGGAAGUUUUGCAAAAGCUUGUCAGCGAAAUUAACGAAGCACUGGCCAAAUCUAACGGAGAUAUAAAUUAUGACAUGGUGAAAGAGAUAAAAUAUUUGGAUCUCUGUGUGAAAGAAACUCUUAGAAAAUAUCCUACUCUUCCCAUUCUUAACCGCGAGUGCACACAGGAUUAUCGUGUGCCCGAUUCGAAGAUAGUGAUCCGAAAAGGAACCCAGGUGGUGAUUCCGUUGCGGGCCUACGGUAUGAGUGGGAAAUAUUUUCCGGAUCCGGAUAGAUACCAGCCAGAACGAUUCGAUAUGGCGACGAAGAACUAUGAUGAGCGAGCUUACUAUCCAUUCGGAGAGGGUCCUCGAAACUGUAUCGGACUACGUAUGGGUGAAAUGGUGUCUAAAAUUGGUAUAAUUUUCCUUCUGUCAAACUUUAACUUCGAAGCAACCAGAGGACCUGAGAUCGAGUUCAGCCCCGCGGUGACACCGUUGGUACCAAAGCAUGGCAUUCUUCUGCGUGUAACAAACCGGCAGAAAGACAGAAAAAAACUGAUUGUUUUCCGGCCUACGACCUGUCAAAUUUAUAUUAUUGUUAUCAAUUACUUGAUAAGAAAUGCGCUACCAGCGUAUCGUUUCGGCCCUCAGUUGCAAUACACCCGGCAAUCGCGGAAGAUGUUUCUCUUAACACUUGCAUUGUUGUCAGUUCUGGUCUAUUUAGGCCUCCGUUAUGUCUACUCGUACUGGGAACGGAACGGAAUACCGAAUCUGAAACCAAACAUUCCUUUCGGAAAUCUUACAACCGUAGCCAAGAAGACAGAAUCCUUUGGAAUUGCUAUCAACAGUUUGUAUUCGAAGAGCAAGGAGCGGUUGGUUGGAAUUUAUCUGUUCUUCACGCCUGCCAUCCUGAUCCGUGAUCCUUACCUAGCUCAUCAGAUCAUGACGGAGGACUUCAAUCAUUUCCACGACCGAGGAGUGUACUGCAAUGAAAAAGGUGAUCCAUUCACCGCUAAUUUGUUUGGUCUUCCAGGCAAGCGAUGGAGGAAUUUGCGCAACAAACUCACGCCGACCUUCACCUCCGGACAGUUGCGAAAUAUGUUGCCUACAAUUAUGAGUGUUGGUCAUAAAUUAAGAAAACACUUGGAACCGUUUGCUGAUAAAGGGGAGAUCGUGAAUGUACGAGCCGUACUUUCUCUUUUUAUGCAAGAAAUCGUGGCAACUGUUUUCUUUGGAUAUGAGGCAAACUGCUUAAAUGACCCAGCGGAUUUGUUUGGAACCACUAUAAAUCAUUUCCUUCGAGAUAAUUUUUCCAUAAACUUCCGAACGGCAGCGUCAUUCGUCUGUCCGGCCUUAUUAAAAUUCACCGGAAUUAGUGCUCUUCCACCGGAAGUUUCCAAUUUCGUUAUGAAAGUAAUUAAGGAACAGAUCGAGUAUAGAGAGAAAAAUGAAGUUACCAGAAAAGAUUUCAUCCAGUUAUUGAUCGAUCUACGCCAAACUGAAAGUAGCAAUGAAAAAAUUCAAUUGAGCUUGACUGAGUGUGCCGCGAAUAUAUUUCUGUUUUAUAUUGCUGGAUCAGAAACCUCAUCCGGAGUAAUGUCAUUCACUUUACACGAACUUAGUCACAAUCCUGAAGUGACAGGAAAGCUCGUUGCCGAGAUUGAUGAUGUUCUGAACAAAUCUAACGGAGAUAUAAACUUCGACUCAAUCAAACAGAUGAAAUAUUUGGAUCUCUGUGUGAAGGAAACUUUAAGAAAGUAUCCAGGACUGCCGAUUCUUAAUCGCGAGUGCACCGAGGAUUAUCGUGUGCCCGAUUCGAAGAUAGUGAUCCGAAAAGGAACACAGGUGGUGAUUCCAUUGCGGGCCUACGGUAUGAGUGAGGAAUACUUCCCGGAUCCGGAGAGGUACCAUCCAGAACGAUUCGAUGUGGCGACGAAGAACUACGAUGAGCGAGCUUACUAUCCAUUCGGAGAGGGUCCUCGAAACUGUAUCGGAUUACGUAUGGGAGAAAUGGUGACUAAAAUUGGUUUAAUAUUUUUCCUAUCGAAUUUUAACUUCGAGGCUACCAAAGGACCCGAGCUCGAGUUUAGCCCUGCGGUGGUGCCUUUGAUGCCCAAGGAUGGCACCCGAUUGCGGUUAACCAGGCGUUUCAAAUGAUUAUUUGUUAUUUAAGACCGUUUGUUGCACUAUUAUCUGAACCCUCAGAGUAAUAAUUUUAAGUGUUGUAUGUAGAAAUUAUAGUAUCAACGAACUAAAAAAAAUACAAUCUCAAAAAACAACUACUAGCACUGGCAAAAGGCUGAAAAAACAAAAAUAACUGGCUCUUUUCUUGUGUUAGUUACAAUAAUUAUAAAUAAUGCACCAAUAAAUAAAAAUUAGAUUUAA